CCAAAAUCAUAAAACCUAAAAGAAAUGACUUUGGGUGGGGGAAACGAUGAGAUUAAAGUAAUCGGAGAAUCUGAACCACCAACACCCAAAUUCAGAGUUCGGACAGUCGGCAAAGUGCCGAAUAAGAAGAAACUGAGUCGACCAAAGCCGCCAAGCUGCCUCUGUCCUCCCCAUCACAAUUUUGCAAGUUUUCCAGGAGAUGAGCUACCAAUUUCCUCUACCAGGCACGAUCUGAUAUUCAAGUUUUUGAUACCAUUGCUGAUUGGUCUGCUUCAAGUGGACUAUCAGAGCAAAAAUGUAUCUCCAUUUCAUACACACCCCAUCAAUAUGUGGGGAUUUUUAGCAGCUACUUGUAUUUAUUGUGUGGUACUUGGUACUACAACUUGCUCUAAAAUCGUCAGCCAUAUCAUUCUCAGUUCAGGAGCUCUUGCUUCAGUUUGUCUGGCAUCGGUUUUGUUCCCGGGUUUCAUUGGAUGGCUUCUUUUAUGCUUGUGGACUGUUUUCACUAUCACGCUAUUCAGAAAGUUGCCAAAACAUAUUUAUGAAUGGCUCAAGCCCAUAAUAAGCAAAGCCAUUGACGUUGGUCGUCCCAAAUUCAAUAGAUUCUGGGAAUGUCUCCCAUUGAAGAAGAAGCAACAGUCGCCUAAUAAAAGCGAUUCAAAUGUUUGAGUCCUACUUCGAUCUUACUGGAAUCUUUCUUAAAAAAUUGUUGUGUUGUCUCUUUCUUAUUACUAAAAAUUUUUCUUUUUCUUUUUUUUUUUCUUGUGGCAAUACCCCUGCUAAGUAUACGUUGUGGUACACACAGAGGAAAUGAAAACUUUCCAGAGUAUUGUCCUUGAGUGAUAUUAUCCUCAAGGUAGUCUUGUAAUAUGUCAAGAGUCAAUGGGUCAUUUUGUAAUUAAUGAAUUAAGUUGGUAUAUAAACCCAAAAAUAU